AGCUAAUGUUAGCUAGCUUGCUAAAUCGCGAUUUUCGAAAAUUAACUUUAUUAACUUUAUUAACUUUAAAAUAUGCAUAAUCGUUUGUCUCUACAUUAACUAACAUAUUCCUGUCAACUGUACAUAUUUUUUGCAUGAUUCGUUAUGACGUUUGAAUCACUUUCAUUUGAAUCCAUUCUAGUAUUUUUGUCAGCCAUCUUCACUGAAGAAAGUCUCCAGCCUUGGGACGCAUAGCGUCAAAUUCGUCAUGGGAACUGCUCCCUAUGAUUGGUCAUCGCCCAGCGGUCGCCGCUGGUGAUUUGCAUAACGUUGGGAAAAGUUUAUAUUUUUCACCGCCUAAAGGUACCAGGUACUCUUAGCUUUCCUUCCGUUGAAAUGAAUGGGAAGUGGUGUUUCACCGCACGGCAUCCUGUGCUAAUUGGAACCGUUUUUGGAGUUGCCUAAUUGGAACCGCAAUUUAGAACAAUGACGGACUCAACAGCCUCAGACCGGGUGAACACCAUCCCGGAUCCAAUUAUUGUCGAUCAGUCGACUGUAAACGGACAGUGCGACCCGAAACAUCAACUGUCACCCAAAAUCAACAGCCACCCUAAAUUCAAGAUGGACCAGGAGAUGAAAAUUAGCGAUAGCGUGGAGGGGCAAGGCUUACUGGAGAGCAGCAUGAGGCUGAAGCCCCACGAAGCUCAAAGAUACCGCAAGAAAGCGUUGUGGGUCUCCUGGGUUUCCAUCUUUGUGACGCUGAUCCUGGCAGUAGCAGCUUUCACUGUUUCCUUCAUGAGACACAGUGCCUCGGCUUUCGGAUUCGCUGCCCCAGAGUCUGCAACACCAUUAAGCAAGGGGCACUACCAAGCAAGCGGAACCAUGAAGACCAAGGAGCUCUCCAAACAGUUUGAUGCCGCCCUGGACGUGCUGUCCUCCAUCAUCGUGGUGUGGCGCUAUAGUAAUGCCUCCGCCGUUCACUCUGCACACAGGGAGUACAUAGCCUGUGUGAUCCUGGGUGUGGUCUUCAUCCUGUCCUCCCUGUGUAUCCUGGGAAAGGCAAUCCAUGACCUGGCUACCAAGCUAAUGCCUGAAGUGGAUGACUUCCUCUUCAGUGUGUCCAUCGUCAGUGGCGUGAUGUGUGUCAUUCUGGCCGUGGCCAAGUUCAUGCUGGGUAGGGUGCUCACCAGCAGAGCCCUCAUCACAGACGGUUUCAACUCCCUGGUGGGCGGGGUCAUGGGCUUCUCCAUCCUAAUCAGUGCCAAGGUGUUCAAGCACGAUCCCAAAGUGUGGUACCUGGACGGGUCCAUAGGGGUCCUGAUAGGCCUCAUCAUCCUGGCCUACGGGGUCAAGCUGCUGGUUGAUAUGGUCCCUCGAGUGCAACAGACAAGGAACUACGAGCGCUUUGAGUGACAGAAGACCACGGAAGGGCAGUGAGGGGGAUGGGUUCUGUGUUAUAUACGGUAGAAGUACAUCCAGUGUCUGUUCUAGGGUAUGUAUAUCUACGCCCAGUCCCUAUCCAGCUCAGCUCCAUUCUUCCUGGUAGAGCUCUCCAGUCACCAUGACAAACCUAUUGAUUGGUUUAGACCUCAAGGUGCCAGCCCACUGGUGUUUUAGUUAGACCCAAGUGGUCCAUUUUGCAGCGUUCCUCCGGUCUCUCUAACUCCGAACCUGAUCCGUCCAUAUGAGUCAUUACAAAGUCAAAGAGAAGACUGAGGUUUCCCUCUAUAGCUCCUUCUCUACUGAAGCAGGGGGAGGUGGAAGGACAGAACGUGCGCUGCUGAGUCGUCAGGAAAUUGUCACUGCCUCUACAAAGGCACUGCACCGUCUCCACUGAUUAGUCUGGUGUUCGUUCAUAUCUCUAUCUCCCCUUGGACAACAUGGCUGAUUCAGAUACGCAUUGUAGGAUCUCAGUCCUUAUGGGAUUUCAAUGGUUUCUAAUAGGCGCUUUCUUUUGAUGAGUAACACUGUGAGUGUGUCCCAAAUGGCACCCUAUUCCCUUUAUAGGGUACUACUUUUGACCACCCUAUUCCCUUUAUUGCACUACUUUUGACCAUGGCCCAUUAAGUGCAUCAAUUAGGGUGGCAUUUAGCACAUACACCUAUUUCUGUUUGACACCACUGUUCAAAGUAGAUGUGUUGCUUUUAUGUAGUCAUGAUGUAGUAGGGGUGGCAGGUAGCCUAGAGAGCAUUGGGCCAGUAACCGAAAGCUUGCUCGAUCGAAUCCCCAAGGUAAAUCUGUUGUUCUGCCCCUGAACAAGGCAGUUAACCCACUGUUCCUAAGUAGUCACUGUAAAUAAGAAUUUGUUCUUUAACAUACUUGCCUAGUUAAAUAAAGUAUCACUUAGGAUGGUAGUUGCAACUAUUAGUAGCAGUAGGACAUGUUUUCUAUCCCCCCAAAAACAGCAGGGAAAAUAGAUUUCUGAGAUGCCCAUUGUAGACAGGCUGUAGUAUGGAGGACAAUAGUACAGCAGUACAGUAUGUGCAACAUGACAGAAGACUCAUCUUGUGUCCCAAAUGGCACCCCAUUCCCUACAUAGUCACUAUGGACCCUGGUCAAAAGUAAUACACUAUAGGGAAUAGGGUGCUAUUUGGGACAAAACCUGUAUCAUUUGAUUAGUGAAUAUGAAAGCACAAAUGUCCCUGUCGCCAGCUCAUGUAUGGAAUUGGUGUUUGCUUUAUUGCUUAAGGGGUGUUGAAUAAAAGCUUGUGGCAGACCAUCAACAAACAA